AUGAACACAUUACAGGAAAAAUACUUACCUGCUCAUUUUCGACAAGUGUACGUGGGAGCCACCAAGCAAACACCAAGUUGUUUAUCGUUGGGCGGGCGGGCGCCCGCCGCCAUGACGCAAGCGCCUUCUGGUUCAAUGACAGCGACGACGAACAACGUUGAUGCGAUACAGGAGGUAAGCGCCAUCUCGCCCUGCUAUGCGAUCCCUCACCCCAUCGUGCUGCAGGACCGUCUCGUCGAGCUGACGGAGAUGGAGCGAAACAACUCAGAGAUGACUGACGAUUCGCCAUUUACCUCGGCUUUGACGACGCCUGUGGACCAAGAUGUGCCCAUCAAUGUCUUUCAGGGGAUACACAAGGCCCUUGCGAGAGAUAUGGACGGCUCAGCGGUAGACUCGUACUUUGAUUCAAAGGCUGUAGGCAAAGGCGCGCAUAUCGCGCAGGUAUCGCAGCAGUUAGAGGAAAGAAGGGUGGUUGAGGUUGAGGUUAGCUUUAUGCUUCUUUCAACUGCGGAACCGUUUUACAGCCAUUUAUUAGAUAGCCCCAGACGCAGUGUUGGAACUGGUGGCGACAUUGGUCCCGGAAGCGAUUUUGGCCCUGCAGGCGACGUUAGCCCCAGAAACGACGUUAUCCUUGGAGAGGUCGUCAUCAUUGGUUGUAGAAGACACAACAAGCGACAGGCCAUCUCUUUCCCCGCUAAACCAAGAACCGAGUCCUAUGGUUGGGGAUUUGAAUGA